GGCUGGGCGAGGGCGGCAUGGCGGGCGGCGCCCGGGAGGUGCUCACGCUGCAGUUGGGACAUUUUGCGGGCUUCGUCGGGGCUCACUGGUGGAACCAGCAGGAUGCUGCGCUGGGCCGAACGGCCGAUGCCCAGGAGGCUCCCGCGGAGCUGUGCCCCGACGUUCUCUACCGGACCGGCCGGGAAACGUGCACGCCGCGGCUGAUCGUCCUGGAUCUGAAGGGCAGCUUGAACUCCCUGAAAAAGGACGGUGGGCUCUAUGGAGACAGUGAGCUGGAUGCCGCAAUAGCAUGGCAGGGCAAGCUAACCACACACAAAGAGGAAACAGAUCCCAAGAAUCCCAACAUCCAGGACUACACAAGUGCAGAGGGCGUGCCGCACAGUGAUGGUGUCUGGAGGGCCAAAGCUGUCCCUAAUGGCAAAGGUCCUCUGCCAGUCACCACUGGGACAACUCCAAAACCCCUUCUGCACAUAGAGGACAGCAUCAGAGUGUGGUCAGACUUCCUCAGGGUCCACCUUCAUCCCCGGAGCGUCUGUGUGAUCCACAAGUACAACCACGAUGGGGAAACAGGGCGUCUGGAGGCUUUUGGCCAGGGUGAGAGUAUCCUGAAGGAACCCAGGUACCUGGAAGAACUGGAGGACAGGCUGCACUUCUACACGGAGGAAUGUGACUACCUGCAGGGCUUCCAGGUCCUGUGUGACCUGCAUGAUGGUUUCUCUGGAGUAGGGGCUAAAACUGCAGAAUUACUACAAGAUGAGUACUCAGGACGAGGAAUAAUAACCUGGGGCCUGCUCCCUGGGCCCUGUCAUCUUGGGGAGCACCAGAAGAAUGUCUACAGGCUGUUAAACACAGUGUUUGGUCUGGUGCACCUGGCGACUUCCAGCUCUUUUGUCUGCCCCUUAUCCGUGAGCAGGGACUUGGGCCUGAGACCCAAGCCACCUGUCAACUUUCCUUACCUGCAUUAUGAUGCCACUCUGCCCUUCCACAGCGGUGCCAUCCUGGCUACAGCCCUGGACACAGUCACUGUUCCCUUUCGCCUGCAUUCCUCCCCAGUCUCCAUGGCUCAGUUGGCUGACAUGCUGAGUUUCUCGGGGAGGAAGGUGGUGACCGCAGAUGCUAUCAUCCCCUUCCCCUUGGUUCCAGGCCAGUCCCUUCCUGAUACCCUGUUGCAGCUUGGGGAUACCAUCCCAUGGACCCCACUGUCUGCAUGUGGAGACCCUGCUGGAACACAGUGCUUUGCCCAGUCAGUGGUGUUGAGGGGCAUAGACAGAACGUGCCAUACCAGCUCGCUCACUCCAGGGGCGCCUCUGCCCUCCACCCUCCACGCCUGUGCCUCUGGUAAAGAAGUCUUGGCCCAGUAUUUAGAACAGCAGCAGCCUAGGGUCACAAGCUCAUCGCAUUUGCUGCUGACCCCCUGCAUGGUGGCACCUCCUUACCCCAACCUCUUCUCAAGCUUCAGGCAGCCAGGCAUGGCUCUGGAAAGUCCCUCCAGGCACAAAGCAGUGCAGAACAUUCCAGUGUUUGGUGCCCUGCGUUCUUCUUCAUCCAUGUUCCGGACCCUGAGAAGCUUAGCUGAAGAGCUAAGCAGACUGGACCUGCGGCGCUGGGCCAGCUUCUUGGACGCGGGAGUGGAGCAGGACGAUAAGGAGGAGCUGCUGCAGGAGCUGCACAGCCUGGCCCACCAUUACCGGGAAGGCGAAAGCCUCUCAGACUGAAGUUCUGGGCCCAGGGAGAGCUACUUUUCAAUAAAAGCUGCUGGGUGCAGGAGCCGGGCAGCACAGCCUCA